CUAGAGGUCGAAAGGGCGGAGUUAUGAAAAUCGUAUGAUUAUGAAGCAGAGAAAUUACGAGAAAUAGAGCGUACGUGCGCAUCAGUUUCAUGUCUCUCAAACGAUGAUUGCAAUUUUCAACAUUAGUACCUCAUAGUUUUUUUACUGCGACAUAAAUUUUGGUAAAAAUCUAUUAGAAAUAAUAGGUUUCUGCAAUCCGUGUAUGCGUCAUCACCCUGAAGCCCAUGUAUUCUAGCUAACCUCACGGAAUAAUUACAAGUAGGAGGGGUUCAAGAUGGCGAUUUACAGGAGGACCGGUCUACGUGGGUUUCCUCUUCAAAUUUUAUCGUCUGUUUUCCUCAUUUUUGCGAGUGCACUCACGGCCCAAAGUCAGACGACAGUCUCACCGCAAGAUACAACGACAGUUUCACCGCAAGAUACAACGGUAUCUAAUACACCAGCACCAUGUGACGUGAUCAAUCACCCUGAGAAAAUCGAGGAAGACGAGGUUUUAAACCAGCAUCGAUAUGACAGUCUGAAUUUGUUGUUGUUUUUGUCGCUGUUGGUUUUGACCAUUUUGACAAUCUGGCUGUUCAAGGCUCAUCGCUUCCGGUUUGUACACGAGACGGGUCUGGCGAUGAUCUAUGGUGCUGUAGUUGGUGCUAUAGUCUGGAACACGGCCGACAUGACUGGACAGAAACCCGAACCCUUUGAGUAUCCCGCCAAGGAAUGCGACAUCUCAUUGGCCACUUCCACCAUCCACCUAACGCUGCGGUAUCCCAGCAACACUUCCCUGACCUUCCAAUACGACAGGGCGGGCGUCAUCAAAGAAAGCUCUCACUAUGUGUCCUCUGCAUUCGUUGAAAAGGUGAACUUUGACCCUGAAGUCUUCUUCAACAUGUUGCUUCCACCCAUCAUAUUUUACGCUGGCUACAGUCUCAAAAGACGUCACUUCUUCCGAAAUUUGGGGUCCAUUUUAACCUUUGCCAUGAUUGGAACUACCAUCUCUUGUUUUGUAGUCGGUGGCAUCAUGUAUGCUUUGGUCGUCAAGGCGAUGGGUCGGACCGAUUUCAGCAUCCAGGAUUCACUCCUGUUUGGUGCUUUAAUCUCGGCCACGGAUCCAGUCACUGUUUUGGCAGUGUUUCACGAUCUUCAAGUCGACGUGGACAUGUUUAUUCUUGUCUUUGGAGAAAGUGUUCUAAACGACGCUGUGGCUAUUGUCUUAUCCAGGACGGUGGAGUCUUACGAGAGUGAAACCUUUGAAGCCGGACCUGUCUUCAAAGCUCUAGGCACCUUCAUAGGUGUCUUCAUUGGUUCGUUUGCCAUAGGAUCAGUCAUGGGCAUCAUCACAGCAUUGGUCACCAAAUUCACCCGGAUUCGUGACUUCCCGUUGCUGGAGACUGGCAUCUUCUUCAUCAUGUCCUACAUGAGCUACUUGAUGGCAGAGGCUGCUCAGCUUACUGGAAUUGUGGCGGUGCUAUUCUGUGGGAUCAUGCAGGCCCACUACACUUACAACAACCUCUCGGAGGACUCCAAGAAGCGAACCAAGGAGGUUGCGGAGCUGACUCAGUUCCUGGCCGAGAGUUUCAUCUUCUCCUACAUGGGCAUCUCCAUGUUCAAUCCCAGGAACAUGAACUGGGAUGCUGGCUUCAUCUUCUCGGCAUUUCUUGCCAUUCUGGUGGGUCGAUUUCUCAACAUCUACCCCCUGUCCUUCCUGCUGAAUCUGGGCCGCAAACAGAAGAUCCCUUGGAACAUUCAACACAUGCUCAUGUUUUCAGGCUUAAGGGGAGCCAUAGCCUUUGCCCUAGCCAUCCGCAACACGGCAACGGCUGCUCGGCAACUGUCGCUAACGGCAACCCUCGUCAUCGUCUUGAUCACAGUGGUGCUCUGUGGCGGCAUGACAACGCAGAUGUUGACGUGGUUAAAAAUAAGGGUCGGGGUGUCAGACGAGGACACGACGCAGCAAGGCAUGCAGGUCAUGGGAUCGCAAAGCACGGAGCAUGAUGUACGUCUUAGGAAGAGGUACGAGCAAGCGUGGAUUGUGAGGCAGUGGUAUGAUCUGGACACCAAGUUUUUCAAACCCAUCUUCACAAGGAAAGGUGCAGACUUGAAGGAGACGCUACCACUGUGCUGUUAUCCAAUAGCCAGGUGUCUCACCGUAAGGGAUGAACACGUAGAUGAAGACAGCGACAGCGACUUGAUUCUUGAAGAUAACAGCUCAACCGCGGAGCAACAAUCCUCCUCCAACACCGACACAAAUCAGCCGACCAAUCACACGGAAGACGACACGGUACUGGACGAGGAUCUCGGACUGGGAAACAUCCAAAUUAAAGGUCUGAACCUACAACAAAUGCCAACUGAUGUGUAAAAAUGUCAAUACUUAGAGUCCAACAUAUAGCAGCAUAUGUGUAGUGUAAAAAGCUUAUUAUUUUUUUUUUGGUAUAAAGAUGUAUGCAAAUAAUUAAAUGGGGAAAAGAAAUUUUGCCAAAUUAUUGUACUUAGACCGUUAUUGUUGCCACAAUUUAUAAAUUCCAUGAAAGUGUAUAUAAGUAGUAUCCCUGGUUAUGGACAUUGAGCGUCAACAGCAAAUGGUACAUGUGUAAAGUGGCGCACCCAGAGGGGGGGUGGGGCUUGGGGGCUUGAGCCCCCCCCCCUCCCCAAGAGGCUGUCAAUUUUGUAUUUUUUUUAAAUUUUUUUUUUUCUUAGUCCCACGAUUUGGCCUUGGUGAUAUGAAUGUGGCCUGUUUUCGAGUAGUAUAAUAGGGGUGUAAAUGGCGCCUUCAACAUCAAAAUUGGCCGCCCCUCAAAAAAAAAAAAAAAAUUAUUUCUGCGUCCAAAAAUUUUGGGCAAACUUUUUAAAAAAAAAUUCAACUUUUAACAAAUUUGUAAAAAAAAAUUUUUUGAGCCUCCCAAAACCAAUUCCUGGGUGCGCCACUGCAUGUGUAUGACCAUUCGUGAGACAACCGGCCGCAAGUUGGUGACUAUGUCAAUGUGACACUGAAAUUUCAUUCUGUCAUUAGCUCACAGUGAAUUGGGACUCGCAAAAAAAUUGCAUAACUCUAACAUUAUCAGCAAAGUAGCAUUGAACUUGAUUUAUAAUUCUUGUGGAGCAGUGGUUUUAACUUGAUGUUCUUGUUCCUUGGAAAAAAUAGUAUGUCAACGUCUAACCUAGUCUAUUAAACUUAAACAAAAAGUGUGCUUGAUAAUGAAACAAACUCACAACAGUCAAAUAAGACUGAGAAUAUAUCACAAUACAUAUUUAUGUAUAUUGAGCAGUGUGCUAUGAAUUUUGACUCAGAUGGCACUCCAUACUACAGAAGUUAUGAUAUGAUACAGUGUCUAUUUAACAUUGAAUAUCUGUGCUGUGUACAGUAUUGACAAAGUCAAAAAAAUAUGGGUCGUUUUGUUUCCAUUUUGAUGUUAUCAAUAUUUUUUGUUCGCUUUUGAUUAUUAUUAUUUUUUUAUAAACUUAACGAUUCCUAUAAACCUCCCUGCCUUAUUAAUGUGUGUAUUUUUUAUAUUCGCCUGCAAAUCCUGACCUUUUUGUCAUUUGUAAGAACGUUAGAAUAGAACGAAUUUGUGUUUAUUUAUUUUUUUUCACAAGAGCAGAUUUCAGAUCAAGAUCUCAUGUAGCACACUCACCAAUAAGAUUAAUGAUUUUUAAAUUUUGAUUCGUCUUCCUUUUCAUUUUGUCUCACAUUAUUCUUUUCAUUGUGAAGAUGUUUUUCCCAUCAAUUAUUUUAAUUUUAAAAUUUUUUUGUUCCAGUCGUCUGUAAUGACAGAAACCCCAUCCAAGAAACGUGCAUGUAUAUUGUAUAAUUUGUGCACUCCAUCAGUAUUUCAAAGUUCAUGUAGUUAUAAAAACAUUAAUUUUCAGGUUUUUUAAUCUCAAAGGCUUUCAAGCCGAUAAAGUGGAUUAAUCAUUAUGUUUUGGGUUACAUAAUACUACUUGGCAUAUGUAGGUUACUUUCUCUCCUUUUAGAUAAACUUGCAGACACACACCGUUGAUAUUGCACUGGGAUCAAUAGAAAACAUUAAAAUGAUCGAAUUGAUAAAAACAAAAUAAUUUAUACCAUUUAUUGUUGUGAAUCUUGACAACUGAAACCGAAACCACCUUUGGUGACCACAGUCUUUCUGAAUAUCGGUAUGAUUUUGCUACUUUGCUAAAAAAAAAAAAAAAAAUAAUAAUAAUAAUAAUAAAUAAAAAGGAAAAAAAAAAUCAUGAUAAAAUUUGUGGAUUUUUUCAUAGCUUUCGAAUAGAGCGAGAGUGUUUUGUCAGUUGCAUAGUAAUGAGUGGUGUUUCAAUUGUGUUGAUGUGAUGUAUGUAUCUAUCUAUGCAUUUGAGGUGAUAUUGUAUACCCUCUGAUCCCUUGCUUAUGCUCACUAAUUGAAUAUGCAUUGCUUAAUUGUCAGUAUCUAUUAACAAAUGUAAAUAUUGCUAUUGUACGAAGUAGGAAAGAACCAAUAAAAUGUGUUGGUUUUCUGCUUAAUUGUCAAAAACAAA